AUGGAUAAUGGAUUGCAUACUAGAGUUUUUAGCUCGCCUGAGCCGAAGGCUGUUGUGGGAUUUUCUGAUAGAAAUUUGUCCGUCGUCGUAAACUUUUCACAUUUGCACCUUCUCCAGAAGCAUACUUGGUGCAGUGGCGAUGUUAUAUCUAAAUUUGUACAAAAACGUACGCUUAGUAGGUCCGAUGACCGAAACAAGUCAGAAAUUAAAGAUCAUAUAGGCCCGCCCGCCGCAGAGCUCCAGAGAAACAAGUCAGAAAUUAAAGAUCAUAUAGGCCCGCCCGCCGCAGAGCUCCAGAGAAACAAGUCAGAAAUUAAAGAUCAUAUAGGCCCGCCCGCCGCAGAGCUCCAGAAACAAGGAAUUUAUCAGCUCUUCUACAAAGAGAAAAGCAGUGCAGAUAAAGGGUCUUUAUACCAGUUGCGGAAUCUGAUUAAUAGACGAAAUGUUUCUGGCCCUGAAGAAGUCAAUUCAAGCUACAGAGCACAUCAUGACUUCAUAACAGACAUCACAGACUCGUACAUUGUUGCAGCAUUUCUAGAUCUCAUGCAAAUGGAGGAUUUGAGUUGUACACCUAAUCCGAUACCCUUGUUUUCGUUGAUGUCUGAUAAUCAGAAAUAUGAGUGGCUUCUGAAUGCAGCAGAAAGAGUUUUGAAUGAGCUGAAAGUAAGCAAAGUUUCCUUUCAGGAUAUCGUUGACGACAUGGGGGCUCUGGACGGUGAUGUAAAUAACCUUGAUGCUAUGAAGUCUGCCGAUUUCUUUUUAUGUGCAGUAUGUGGAAAACAAUAUCAUAAAAGAGGCUGGCUUAAAAAACAUCUAGAAAAGAAACAUCAUUGGAAAUUUCAUAUUCCCAAGGGAAACUGUGUGUUACAAUCCCAUACAGACUUUUCUAUUCAUGUCUUUGCUACACAGAGACACCUGCGACUCGUAUCGAUUGGGUGAUGGUGAUAGAAUCGUACGAAAUGUGUAUUUUGAGUGGUUAUUCGCAUCAGGACUGAAGCACUCAAAGUAUAAAAUCUGGCUUUUCAGAACUCUUUGCUACAUUUAUCUUCUAAGUCCUGAGCUGAGUUUCGAAUACAAAUGGAAUAUGACAGUAAAUUUAAAAGGUGGAACUGGACAGUGUAUUCCCAAUGAUAACUGUGUUGAGUUACAAGUGGGCAAUAUAAAGAGCCAGUUGAACACUCAGGGUUCUAACACGUCAUAUAAGUCAGCAAAACAAAUCUGUAUGACUACUCAAGUCAUUGAUGCUGUAAAAGAGAGUCUUAUGUCGUCCACAAAAACAGCAAGAUCCAAAAGCAGUCGACCAGUGGUUGACAAGACGAAGGACAUUGUGGCCGUUAUAAACUGCUUAAGAUCUAAAGACUUCGUUAAAGACUUAACAUGGUCAAGUUUCCACAAUUUUAAAGAUCCAAUCAGUGGUAUUGACUGUAAAGAUUUGCAUGAGUGGAUGUUUCAUCAGAGAGAAGUUGCCAAUCAGUAUAUGAAAUAAUGUAAUGAUACUUGAACAUGUUAAGUGUUCAAAAUAUCAGAGUAUAAAUGGAGUAGAUUGGGAGUUUACAACUAAGAUUACAUAUAUCUGAUGUUAAUAAAUUGGUAUUUACUCAAAUGAAGGUUUAUUUUUUUUAUUUUUAUGACCAGUUUGUAUAAAAGUACACACACCACUUUAUAUUACUCAUCAUGUAUUGUUAUUCAUCACAUACAUGACAUGCCACACAAAUGAAUGGGAUCUAACUUCAUCUA